GAAGUAACUUUUUUUCACCUGUACGGUUUCGGAUUUCCCCAAUCUCAUUUCUGAAAAUACUCAAUCACUAUAAAGGACCUACAACACAGACUAACGACAGAUUCCAAUUGUCUAACCAACAAUGGCGAUUUGUAAGAACGAUUCCUGACCCCUGUUCACACGGCUGUAAUUGUGUGGAUUGCUUAUUUUUGCUGAGAUGUCAGAUUCCUACCAGUUUAAUUCCUUAAACAUAAACGCUCUAAAGGAGCCUAUCUUGAAGAAACUAAGUGAAUUGCUGGACAAGACCAACAGCAAAAAUGGAUGGCGUAAACUUGGGGAAAUAGCUGGGAAUGACAGACGCUUCAGAGUCAGUGGAAAUGACAUGGAAAACUGUUCCCUCAAAGUGCUUGAGCUGGAGGGCAGCCCAUCUCGAAGUUUGCUCUGGCUGCUGGGUGACCAGGGAUGUACUGUCAAAUAUCUCCUAGAGUUCCUUGAGGCAAUGGGCCAUGUAGAAGCUAUCCAGUGUUUAAAGACCCCAGGAAUAAAAAUCAUCAUUCAGCCGCAGUCUCAAGCAGUGCUAGCUGGUCAGACUGUGAGACUAGGCUGCCAUGCUGCAGGACAUUCCAACAUUCAGUACCAGUGGUUUAAAAGCAAAGAAGAGGUUCCACAUGGGAAUUCCCCAGAGCUGGUUUUCAACCCUGUCCAUGUAAAUGAUUCAGGCUUCUACAUCUGCAGAGUAAACUCUGGAGGAUCCUUUCAAUUCAGCCAAUGGGCGCAGCUAGAAGUAUGUGACAUAACUGCAGUUUACGGCUCAAUGUUUAAUUCCACUGAAGGCCGGCUAAAGAUUGCCAUCCAACCUCAAACUCAGAAGCUGAUGAUCGGAGACACUCUAGACCUGGAGUGUGGUGCAGUGGGGAAGCCUCUUCCUAAAUACCAAUGGUAUAAAAAUGGGGCCCCACUGAAAGAUGCAACCAAGAAGAGAUACACUAUGCAUGAUAUCACCUUGGGUCAUCAGGGAAAGUACUGCUGCCGAGUAUCCAAUGAACUUGAGCACCUAUGGAGCCGGGAGGUUGAAAUUGUCAUUGGGCCAAGACAUUGUUGGGGGUUUUCAGGAGCAAUGGAAUGUUCUGAAGAUGAUAUUAACAUCUUCGGGGAUAGUUAUUCUGACAGUGUGAAACCAGGAUGUGCCGAAAGAAUUGAUGCUACAGAUAAAGUGGCCCUGCUGAUUGGUAACAUGUCGUAUACGAACCACCCCAAGCUGAAGGCCCCAAUGGUUGAUGUGUACGACCUGACAAACUUGCUUCGGCAGCUCAAUUUUAAAGUGGUGUCUCUCCUUGAUCUGACCGAGUCUGAGAUGCGCAAUGCUGUGGACGAGUUUCUACUACUCCUGGAUAAAGGAGUCUAUGGUCUCCUCUAUUAUGCUGGUCAUGGGUAUGAGAACUAUGGCAACAGUUUCAUGGUUCCUGUUGAUGCCCCCAACCCCUAUAGAUCUGCAAACUGCCUGUGUGUCCAGAGUAUUUUGAAACUGAUGCAGGAGAAGGAGACUGGCCUAAAUGUCUUCUUGUUGGAUAUGUGCAGGAAAAGGAAUGUUUAUGAUGACAUUAUACCAAAUGUAGAGGCCUUAAGGGUGACCGCCAAUAUUGUCUUUGGAUAUGCAACGUGUCAAGAUGCUGAAGCUUUUGAGCUCAACUCAACAGGAUUCACAAACGGUGUUUUUAUCAAAUUCCUCAAAAAACGCUUGCUGGAAGAUGAAAAGAUUACUGUUCUUCUGGACAAAGUGGCUGAAGAUAUGGGCACGUUUGAUCCAACCAAAGGGAAGCAGGCUUUGGAGAUCCGCAGCAGCUUGUCAGAGAAGAGGGCUUUAACUGACCCCAUACAGUCGUCAGGCUGCUCGGAGGAAAUCAUGGCACGCAAUCUGCAAUGGGAAAAGGCUCAUGAACUUCCCGAAAGUAUGUGCUUGGAGUUUGACUGUGGAGUCCAGAUUAAGCUGGGAUUUGCUGCAGAGUUCUCUAAUGUCAUGGUGAUUUACACUAGCAUUGUGAAAAAGCCAGAGGACAUGACAUCCUGUGAGGCGUACGUUACAAAUUUCACACCGGACCUAGAUGUGGACCCCAAGGAGACUAACAAAGUAACCCCAGAAGAAACAGGCAGCUAUUUGUUAUCCAAGAGCCUCCCAGAACACUGUCUGUACACCAGGUUGAGCUCUCUGCAGAAACUCAAAGGGCAGCUUUCCUUUACGGUGUGCCUACAGGGCAAGUUCAACUCCAUGGAUGAUCUGGUGGACUGGAGAACAGAGGUCAACAUUGGGAAGCCCCUCAUUGCCAAGUUAGACAUUCACCGCAUGGUCAGAAGAAACAGCUGCCUUCAAACCUGUCACAUGCCACAUAGCCCUUCCCAUAGUCCCACCCAUAGCCCCUCGCACAGCCCGGGGGUGGAGACCCGCUAUCACCAGCACUACCCCCAGCACUAUCAGAAUUCCUACCUGGGGGUCUACCACCACAACCACCCUCUCAUGACCAUGGGUGGUACGAUGCCUGUGGAUAACGAAUGCUGCAUGUAUUCCAAUUUGUCUUCUUACAACCAAGAGGGGGAGCCUUACGCAGUUUCUGCUAGCAGAGUUAACAUUCCCAUUGAGACUACUGCUGACAUAAACGAGCUGCAGACAAGCUUUAUUGACAGCCUUGAAAUUAAUAACAGAUACUUAUAAACAUUCCACAACUGAGACCGUACAGUCGUACAGUCAAUGAACUGUACAUCCCAUAUGUUACUGAUUAAUAUCUUGUUUAGCAUUGGUUUUCCCUUAAUUAUUUAUGAUAACUAAUAGAAGGGAGUAUAUUUUCAGGAACCUUUGACUAAUUUCCUUUUACUUGUAUCAAUUGAAAGGGAAGUAUAAACGAUGGUUGUCCAGUAUGUAAUUAUAGUAAAGUACUAGCAAAUUGGGAGUUAUGUCUGUAUGAUUUGUAAUCAUUGGGCUGUAUGUGGGAUGUUAGGAUUUCUUGAACUCCGGUGAAAGCACCUUAACACAGACUUACAGUUGAGUUACAGAAGUAAUUUGAGUAUUUGAGUAAUUAUAAUUUGAACCACUCAGAAUGAUUACUAACUUAAAAAAAUAAAAAAUAAUAAUAAUGUUGAAGUGAAUUACUCUUUAAGAACUGAUAUUCAAAUCAACAGACAUUGGGGUCUAUUUUUAUUUCCAGUGGAAAACCCUGCUGGUGUUUUAUCCACUUUCUAACAUUUGAACCAGCAAUAAAAAUACAAUAACAAAUGAGGUCCACAAAAUCUUUCAGGGCAGCUGUAUUAAUAUAGUCCAUUAAAAUAUACACCAUUAUGUCAGUUAUCUUACAGGUACUGUUAUGUCCACUGUGAACCCAGUCAAAUGUGUUUAAACAUCUAAACCACUAAGACAGAAAUGGACAAACUUCAGUAGCAAAUAGCGCUGGUUGCCUGGUGCUUGACUUGAAGACAAGUAUUUUGAAAUAAUAUUUUCUGACAAUAAUACAGUAUACCACUGAGGGUUAAGUGUCUGCUAAAGGUUGACUUUUAGACUUUAGAAUAACUUACAACUGUAACAACAGGAAGGAAGAUUGAUCUUUAGUAGUAUCCUAUGUACAGAUAUAUUAAACAGAAAUGAGGAUCUGUACAAAUCAAUCCUAAUUCAAAUACCUAUAGAUAGACCCAGUGACAAGUCAUUUGUCAUGGGUUUUGAUUAUGCGCUGGCAUUACUGGCUAAAGGUCAGCUUCCAUGAGUCUGCUGAGCAAUUUUGUUUAUUGCUUCUUCAAAUAUGUCUCCUGUAAUUGGAAACAAAGUUUGUCUGCUUGUCUUUUAUUGUUUAAACAACUGCCAUUCUAUUAGGUGUUGUCUUUUUUUUUUCUUUUUUCAUAGUACUGUUUUGUAAACGGUUUUAUUUGUUUUUGAUUCAACAAAUUCAUAUUUCCAUAAACAAAUCCAUUAAAUAUUUAAUUAGUUUUGAUAGCAGUUUUUAGAAUUUUAGAACACUUACACAUGUGAUGCUUUAGAUGGGUAUUUCAAUAAGAAAAAAAUAAACAUGCUGUGUGUUACGCCAGGUAAUGCUAAAGAACUAGCAAGUAACCAUAUAAAAAUA